UAUUAGCAGAAUCAUUAUGGAUGAAAUAACCUUUUGUCUGGUUAAAUAUAAAUUUCUUUUUGUUUGUUACCAUAAAUAUGAUUAAAAUAUUCAAUUAUUAUUAUUAUUAUUAUAUUCUCUAAUAAUAAUUCGAUGCAAUUAUCAGAUACUGUGGACAACAAUUCUGGUCAAGAAGACCAAAGUGAACGAGUUGCCUGUCCAAUUUGUACCAGGAAAUUUCUUCAAGAAAGAUUAGCGAAACAUAUUGUGAUAUGUGAAAAACAAAAACAGAAGAAAAGAAAGAUUUUCGAUUCUUCCAAGCAACGAGCUCCUGUUGAUGACAAAGGUGAUCUUCUCAUUACAGUCCCACCAAGUCCACUUAAAGUGAAAGGAGGGCGAGGAAAUGGUCCAACCAGUAACUCUAAAAAAAUGGAAGAAAUUAAUUCAGAUGUUAAUGGUGAAUCAGACAAAAAUAAAAAAUCCAAUUGGAGAGAGCAACAUGAACAAUUUAUACGAACCAUUCGUGAAGCAAGAGGCCUUAAAGUUGAACCAGAGCCAUUAGAGGACGAUGGUAAAAAACGGAUGCCUCCAGGUUACGUAGAGUGUCCAUGUUGUAACCGUAGGUUCAGUAAAGCGGCGGCAGACCGUCAUAUACCUUGGUGUAAAGAGCAGAAGGCUCGAAGUAUAAGAUCACCAAAGGCAAAUAAAGAGACAGCCAAUAGAGUGAAAGCUCGGUCAAAGUAUCGUCCAGGAUUGACAAACAUCAACAACUCAAACCAAACCAAAAAGAGCCAAUCAGAUGGUGAAAGUGAUAAGAAAGAUGAUCUCGAUGGGGAAUCAAAUCUCGUGAUACAAGGUGUUGGAUCAUCUCCUUCAUCUUCCUCAACAGCCGAUUCAAGUAAAUUGUUUUCACCUCGAGUUCGCAAGAAGACUGUGGGUGGACAAAGAUAUCGAUCCCCUUCUCGGAAAGAUGCUCAAAAUGGUAUUAACAAUGGUAAAAGUAAUGGCAUCAAUAAUAUAAGCAAUAAUACUCCAAGUAGAGUGAAAACUCGCUGGAAAUCUGAAGAUGGACUAAGUAAACAGGUUCCUAAGACUCCAGUGAUGAAGUUCAAAGAAAAAUUCCCCAACCAUGUAAGAUCUUCACUUGAUUCGAUUACAACCAAAUUUUUGGCUAACACUGAAAACCCGGCUGAAAUUUUACGUAAACCUGAAAAUAUAACCGGUCCAAUGGUACCUAAAACAGUUCCUGGUGUACGAACUAGAGGUUUAUCACCGAUGAGAGACGGACAGUUGUCCUUAGAGUCACAGGAUUUAAUUAAGAUUAAAGGUGGAAAUGGUGUUGCCCCUUUUAGUGACAAUGAUAGACUUAAAAUAUUUGAUCGUCUUGUAUUGAGCAAUGGUGAAGAUAAUCGUAACAGUACAUCAGGAAGCUCUGAGUCAGGCUCAUCACGACCUUCUAACCAUGAGUCAAUUGAAUCUAAUGAAUUGAUCCUUCCUCGCUUUUGUCAUCAAUGUGGAACCAAAUACUCAACUCAAUUGGCUAAAUAUUGCCAUGAAUGUGGAUCAAGAAGGUUGGGAAGUGGCGGUCCUUUUUUGCUUUAAUCAUGAAAUAAUAUGAAUUGAUUUGUUACGAAAAAAUUAUUGGCUUUGUAAUUGGGUUUUCAGGAUCAAUUCACGGUUUGGCUCGAUAGGCAACCCAAGGAUGGUUUACCCAAUACUGGAUAACAAUUUCAUACUUUACUGGCAAUUCAGUAAUAAAAGUCAAUCACUUGAUUGUUAUGAGUUGUCAUUCUUUAUUAAUCAUCACCUAUCGUUGAUUAUUAUUGUAAAAAGUUAAAUACGUUGAUUCAACAUUAACCUAAAUAAAGACAAAAAAUUUCCGU